AUGAGCUCCAUCAGCCUGAGCCUACUGCUGCUACUGAGUGUGGCCUCGGCAGUCUACUGCACGCCACUGCCCACCAUCACCCAGCAGGAACAGGACCUUGCAGUGGAUUAUCUCAAGAAGUUCUACAACUUGACAGAGGAAACAGGCCCGACGGUCAGACGAGGCCUGAAUCCACUCACCAGGAAGCUGAGGGAAAUGCAGAAGUUCUUGGGACUGAAGAUCACUGGUAACCUCGAUGCUGACACUCUGGCCAUGAUGAAGAAACCCCGAUGCGGUGUCCCUGACGACCAAGUUGGCAGCUAUACACUUUUUGGGAAUAAAUGGCAAAAGAAUGCACUUACAUACAGAAUUGAGAACUACACACCAGACAUGCCUAAAGCAGAAGUCGAUGAUUCUAUUGAAAAGGCUCUUGGAGUUUGGGCCAAAGUCACACCCUUGAGGUUCACCAGGCUCCACAGUGGAACAGCAGACAUCAUGAUCUCCUUUGGCAGCGGGGACCAUGGAGACUUCUACCCCUUUGAUGGUCCUGAUGGAACACUAGCCCAUGCUUUUGCUCCUUCUACUGGCAUUGGAGGAGACGCACAUUUUGACGAUGAUGAAAACUUUACCUAUCGUUCAACUUCUGGUUAUGUUCUGUUCAUGGUGGCUGCUCAUGAGUUUGGUCAUUCUUUGGGCUUGUCCCAUUCUAAUGACCCAGGGGCACUCAUGUACCCCACCUACACCUACAGCAACCCAAACACCUUUGUUCUGCCCCAGGACGACGUCAACGGUAUCCAGUCCCUUUAUGGGCCAAACCCAGACAAAGAUCCUAAUCCAGGCCCUCCGCCCCCCACCACUCCUGACUCAUGUGACUCCAGUCUGGUCUUGGACGCUGUUGCUAAUCUCAGAGGAGAAAUGCUCUUCUUCAAAGACAGCUUCUUCUGGCGUAGCUACCCUCAGAGUAACCGCCCUCAGCAGUCCCUCAUCAGCAGCUUCUGGCCUGAUGGUCCGGCCAGCGUUGACGCUGCCUAUGAAAGCCUGAACGCAGACCGGCUGUACCUCUUCAAAGAUCGUCAGGUCUGGGCUUUCAGCGCCUAUGAACUUCAACCAGGUUACCCAAUGUCCAUUUCCAGCAUUGGACUUCCUAAAACAGUGAAGAAAAUUGAUGCAGCUAUGUAUGAUGUGAGGACCCGCAAGACACUGUUCUUUGUGGGAGAUCAGUAUUACAGUUACGAUGAGAUCAAUAAAAGAAUGGACCAGGGAUAUCCUAAAUAUGUGGAUGAGAAGUUUUCGGGUCUGACCAGCAAAGUUACUGCAGCCUUCCAAAACAGAGGUUUCACAUACAUCUACAGCGGUCCGUACAUGUUUGAGUACAGCCUUCAGAGUGGACAUCUGUUCCGUAUGCUCGGGAACGACUACUUCCUGCGCUGCACCAACUACUAG